CCGGGAUAUUUGAGAUUAUGAUACAGUACACUGUAGGACGACCUAAGCGAAUUUUUCAUUUGCUUUCCAAUUAGUGUCGGAAUUGUGAAAUUAGGCGUAUGCUUGAUCAACUUGUAAGCUGACUGAAUCGAGUAUAGACACUUAUCAGAACAUAGUCUCGAGCAUCUGCAAUAUAUAUUAAAGACUCUGACAGAUUGUUCGGACAUCGUCGAUACACGGGUGCGCUCCUUCGAACAUACUUGGCGAGAAGUUAAUCUGAUUGAUUAUAUAAGCAUCGUCUGCGGAGGUUCCCCAUCACUGCAAAUACGAUGAUAAUGUCAGACCCGUGACUCUCGUCCGAGGGUAUGUACGGCCAUAUCGGCGGGACGCUCUUCGAUCGCAGGGCAGAAUCAGACCACGAGACCACAUCGUGACGUUCCAGAUGAAUCGACGCUCCAUUCCGUGGAUCCGGGGUGCAGUGAGAUGGAGGUAACAUGGGACCAGGAAUGGCGUUAAGGAGGGUGAAAUGCAGCUUCAGUCGAGCUGUUGUUGUUGUUGUUGUUACAGGCUGUUACCACGCCCGAGCAGGCCCAACUUGGGCGAUGCGUUCACGGCGUACGUCAGAAGUUGCGAAGCGCUGCUUAGGUCCGGGAUAAGUACUUGACAGCAGAGGAGUUCGCACAUUCAGCCCGUGUCGAAACCCCACAUACUUACGGUACUCCCCAGCGAUGCCGCCUGUCGUGAUCCCACCCCCGACCGAUACACCACGGAGGAUGCGCAGCGGCCAUCGGGGCACCACAAGCGGGGGAAAGCCCGCACCGCGGCCCAUCCUGGUCAACGGCCAUCUGGAGGAGGGGCGCGAUGAGGAUCCUGCGCCUGCCGUCGCCACGAGCCGCAGCACGCGCAGGCCGACGAGCGGCGGCGACGGGUCGCCCCGGCCUGUCCUCGUGGAUGGCCACCUCCUCCCUGCACCCGACGCCAUCGACCGCACGGCGCUCUUCCCCCUCGACAUGAUGGCGGGAGUGGGCCCGCUGACGUCCACCACUGGUUUCGCGAUGGGCAUCGGACGCGGGGAGUCUCCGGGUGCGGUCGUUGUCCGUGUCGGCGCCCUGGCCCUGGUCGUCGGGGCCCUCAUCGUCGUCAGUGCGAACGCGAUUUCCCGGUGUUUCCGACGGAGGAGGAGCAAAUAUUGAAUAUGAAAUGUUGCAUGUUGUACUUUUAUUCACGAGGAAUCAGAUAUGAGAUUCGAGCAAUUCGAGCCUGCCUGAUUAUGGUCGCAGUGUUGG